UGACGCAGGCUCUUUUCUCUAUUCUGUAUCUCGCCACCCCACCACCAUCUUUUACCUCUUCCCUCACUUUCCCCCCUUACACGUUCCCUCGUCCUGCUUCCUUCUCAUGCACUCUUGCUGCUUCUCUGGCUCUCCGCCUCUCUCUCCGUCCCUCCGUCUCCCUCUCUCAGCUCUGGCACUGCAGUGCUGAUUGUGAUUGCACACACACGCGCGCACACACACAUGCACCCACACAGAGCGUGGCUGAGAGGUAAGGACUGCAGCAGCAUGCGCCAAGCGAGGUUGAGCUGCUCGGGAACAUGAGAAAGGCGAACUGAGGCGAGAAUGUUGUGUGCUGUCUCAUGUCAGCAUGCAUCAUUGUAGCGGCGGCAAUGAUGCAUUUCAAGAGCAGAUAGCUUAUGUUAACCGGCCUCCUCUGCACUGCCUCUGCAUCCUGUUCUCCCUGCUCCUCCCACUCUAACUCUUCCUCCUCCUCAUCCUCCUCCCGUCUACUGCUUCACAAGCCAGGACUAUAGAUUGACCGGGACUAGUGUGCGCUGGAUGAUCAGGUUUGCUCCGGCUGAAAGAUUCCUCUGGCGAUGCUACGACUACAUCCUUGCCGAUUCCUGGAUUUUAAAUGACAUUUGAGGCUAGGAGAUAACUCAGAACCUGCAAGAUAUAUUGGAUGCUUGUAUACCUCCAUACCAGCAUUGCCAUUGGCUCAUUUCCUUGUUUUUGCUGGUUGUUUUUGCCUUUCGUGGCUAGCAGGCACUGCAGCAUCAGGACCGCAAGAGCUCUGAAAUAGUAGGGCAUGAGGACCCAGGGCGAUCCGAACGAAGGGCUCGAGUGCUUCCAUUGCUCCCACUGCUGAGGUGCUUAUCUUGAUUUUUUUUUUUUCUUCAGAAAAAGAGUCUGGUAAGGGUGGGCGGUGAGAGAACAGGUAUCCAGGCCCCUGCAGAGCAGAGCAGGGUGGCUCGUGCGUAGAAGCAAGCAGGACGUCCUGUGGGAAAGGGCCGGCACGGGCAUUGGCCUCCUGAUGGUGGCUAUUUUUGUCUCCCCUAGCUGAGUGACUGGGACAGCGGGUGGAAGAGAAGAUGCUUAUGGCCCGAGACACGGCGCGAGAUGAGGCUCAAAAGCUACACAGGAAGUGGCUGAAGCACCAGGCCUUCAUGGCAGAACUGGCCCGGAACAAGGAAUGGCUUGCCAAGAUAGAACAGGAGGGCCAAGGGCUGAUCCAGGAGAAGCCAGAGCUGCGCACCGUCGUGCAGCAAAAGCUAGAAGAGAUCAGGGAGUGUUGGUCUGACUUGGAGACCACCACCAAGGCCAAAGCUCGGCAGCUCUUUGAGAACAACAAGCCGGAGCCAGCGGUGAAGAGCUACUCAGACCUUGACAACCAGCUCUCCCACUUGGAGCAGCAGCCCCCCCAACUGGAACAGGCACAUCAUCUGCCCACAUUCAAUGAGCAGCUCCAGAAAUUCCAGGCAAUGGAGUCUCAGUUUGGGGACCUUUACAAGGAUGUGGAGGAACUGGGUGGCUUGCAGGGGGUCUGCCUUCCCCAGCGAAGUCUAACAGCGGGUGACAAGGAGGGUGGUGAGCAGUCAGGCAUGGUAGAGACCCGCAUUGUUCGUCUCAUUGAGCCCCUGAAGGAGAGACGUCGCAUCCUGCUGGCUUCAAAAGAGAUGCAUCAAGUCGCUCAAGACCUGGAAGAUGAAAUGCUGUGGAUUCAGGAGAGACUGCCCCUGGCGUCAUGCAAGGAAUAUGGAAAUAAUCUCCAGAGUGUGCAGCAACAUGUAAAAAAGAACCAAACUCUCCAGCGGGAGCUGGCAGGGCGACGGACUCGUGUCGAGGAGGUUCUGGACAGAGCAGGAAUUAUCGCAUCGUUGCGCACUCCUGAAGUGGAAUUUGUGCGUGAAGGGGCCGGCCAUGUGAGGCAGCUGUGGGAGGUGUUGCAAUUGGAGCUGGAAAGAAGAUCUGUGAUGCUGGAUGCAGCACUGCAGGCUCAACAAUACUACAGUGAGGCAGCCAAGGUGGAGUCUUGGCUGUCAGGUCAGAAACUCCAGCAGGCCAAUGACGAAAAAGGCACGGAUGAGGCAAGCACACUGCAACUGUUGAAGACUCACUUGUCUCUGGAGCAAACAGUGGAAACAUAUGCGGAGACUGUAGGCAUGCUUUCCCAGCAAUGCCAGCAGUUGCUAGAGCUCGGACACCCAGAGAGUGAGCAAAUUACUAAGCAGCAGUCCCAUAUAGACAGACUGUAUGUAUCUCUGAAAGACAUGGUGGAGCACAGAAAGAUCAAGCUGGAGCAGCAGUACUGGCUUUAUCAGCUCAACAAGGACGUAGAAGAAUUAGAGAAAUGGAUCACUGAACGUGAGACGGUGGCAAGUUCUACCGAUCUUGGCCAAGACCUGGAGCAUGUUACGAUACUUCAAGAGAAGUUCACUAAAUUUGCCACCGAAACAAGUAACAUUGGCCAGCAGCGGAUGGAGCAGAUGAACAAAAUGGUGAAUGAAAUGAUCGACUGUGGUCAUUCAGAUGCAGCCACCAUCGCUGAGUGGAAGGAUGGGCUGAAUGAGUCCUGGGCCGACCUCCUGGAGUUGAUUGAGACUCGCAGGCAGAUGCUGGCAGCAUCUAACCAGCUACACAAGUUCUUCACUGACUGCAAAGAGGUUAUGGCUCAGAUCGCCGGAAAGACGAAGCAGCUGCCAGAGGUGAGGGCGUGCCAAGCAAACAUCACCAAUCCAGCCACCCUGCAGAGACUGAUGCACUCUUUUGAGCAUGCCCUUCAGCUCUUAGUUACACAGGUACGGCAGCUGCAGGAGAAUGCUGCACAGCUACGUACAAUUUAUGCUGGUGAGAAGGCUGAGGCCAUUAUGGUAAAAGAGCACGAAGUAAUGGAUGCUUGGAAGGAGCUGUUGAGCUCUUGUCAGGCCAGCCGUGUCCAGGUCACCUCAGUGACAGACAAGGUGCAGUUCUUCUCAGUUGUUCGGGAAAAUCUCAUGUGGAUGGAAGGAAUCAUGGGCCAGAUUGGAUGGGACGAGCCUCGGGAUUUGAAGGCUUUGGAGGUCAUGAACAAACAACAUCAGGAGAUAAAAGCCAAAAUAGAUGGCCGCAGCAAAACCAUUCAGCAAUGUGCAGAUCUCGGCAAGAUCCUUAUAGCUGCUGGCAACUCCGCAUCAGACGAGAUUAAAGAGAAGCUGGACAGUCUUCUGGCCAAGCAGAAGGCUCUUGUUGAGAAAUGGGACAAACACCAGGAGAGGUUACAAAGCAAGCAUGAGAGGUUCCAGUUUGCCCAGGAGACAGUAAAAGCAGAAGCCUGGCUGAAGGCCAAGGAACCGCCGAUCACCUCCAAGCAGCCAGAGGUGGGACAGUCCCAGGCCCAAACUGAUGAGGUUGAGCAGCUCAUCCUUCGCCAUGAAGCCUUCCGCAAGGCUGCUGUAACCUGGAAAGAACGCUUCAGCUCUCUCCGCCAGCUUUCCGCAGCUGAGAAGAAAAAAGAAGAAGACAAAAAGACGCCGCUUUCCAGUAGAAGGAUGUUCCCGUUAUCUUGUCUAACUCCGAGCGGUUCCGCAUUCAGUUCAACCCCAUCCUAUAUGAGGCAGAUGGUACAUGCCCAAAUACAGCCCUCACCAUUACAGACCGGCAUGGAACCGCCUGCCUCUUCUGCAACGCAGAGAUUGACCUCAUCGCUCGCCAGCUACAACCCAAUCAUAAAUGGAUCAGGCUAUCACGGGUUAGAGCAGCAGUGUGGUGGAAAGAUGGUGAGCCCCUCGUAUCUUGGGAUGAACCAUCAGGCCAUUGGAGGUGGAAGUGACUCUGCUUUUUCAGUGCUGACUUCCAACUGUGGAGUACAGGACAAUUCUACCUACCCCGGGCUAAACAAUCAAACAACUGAUAGUGCUGAUAGUUCUGGUUACUUUGGACUAAAUUUGGGUUGUGUGGGUGGCUCUGGAUAUGCUAUGCAAAGCCAUGCAGCCAGUGCUAGGUUAGGAAGUUCGGGUAACCUCGCACAGGAGCAAAGUAGUGGAGUCAUGGGAAGCCCAGGGUUUCUUCAGCAGCAGAAUAUGGGAAGUUCUGGAUAUUUGACACAACAAAAUAUGGGAAGUUCUGGUUACUUGACACAACCUCAAAACAUGGGGAGUUCAGGAUACUUGGGACAGCAGCCUAAUUUAGGGAGUUCAGGAUAUUUGGCGCCACAGCCAAAUUUGGGAAGUUCAGGAUAUCUAGCUCAGAAUUAUCAUGGCAGUGGAGGAAUGGGUAGCUCAGGCUAUCUCGCACAAAAUCAUUACAGCAGUGGAAGUCUAGGAAGUUCUGGUUACCUGGCGCCAAGUGGGGGCAUCAUGGACCCAAAAAUGGCUUAUGCAUGGCAACAUUUGAAAGCUGACUUCAUGCACCCUGGGAUCAAUCACAUCCACAAGGCUGUAAACCCCUUGCUAGAGGCCAGUCGAGUACAGCGAGAACAGUAUGGCGAUAUACCAAUGGCAGACAUGAUGGGGCCGGAGUCGGGACUGGACCUCCUCCACGGUCGUCUUCAGAGGGAUCCCCGAGGCAGCCGCUCAGACCCUCAGAUGGACCACCUUAGAAGAGAGAGGGAAUACAAACUGGGCAGACAAACUUCCAGCGAGCAGGAAAUCCAAGCCAGGCUGAACGAGCUUCCAAUGAUUGUCCGUCAAGAGAGGUAUCGGAGACGCCUGGAGAGGCAGUCGUCUAGUGAACAAGAGGGAGGUGGCAAGCAGAGACUGCAACGACAGGACUCGAGUGACCUGGAGGGCUCUGGUAAAGAGGGCUCUGACAAACGCUCAGGGGAAAAGCGAUCUACUAUGGCAGAGAUUGUAGAACAAGUCCAGGAGAGAGAAGCAGCACAUGCGAGAGGAGAGCCAUAUCGACCUCCAAGUAGCCUCUCAGCUCCUGUGACACGUUUUGAUGGUCGGCCUCGAGCUCGAGACCGACCCAAACCGAGGAGGAGGCCCCGCCCAAAAGAACCCGAGGAAACUCGCCGCUCCCGAUCAGCUCCAGCUACCGGUGCCCCGACAACGCCCCAGCCACCGUCACACACAGCACACAAUGAAGGAUUCCUGUAUCGCAAAAAGGCCACCACAUCUGAUCUUGAAGCUCAGCAGAGGAGCCCCACCAGCAAAUCCUGGGUAAACGUCUAUUGUGUGCUGAAAGAGGGCAAGCUGACCUUCUACAAGGAUGCCAGGAACCACAAUACAACAUACAAUGGGGAGCCAUCUGUUGACCUUUCUAACUGCUCUUUUGACCCAUCUUUGGGAUACAAGAAGAAGAAGAAUGUCUUCAUUCUUCAAGUCAACGAUGGAAAUAGCUUAUUAGUAUUCCAUGCAAAAGAUGAGGAGGAUCUAAAGGCUUGGACAUCCAACAUCACCACUUGCAUAACUGAGCACGAGGCCAUGGUUAAGUGGGACAAGCCCGGCACAUCAGGCAUGGACCCUGACCGUUCCGAGAGGAAGGAGAGGUCUGAGGGCGAUGCGGACGCCAGGUCAGAGAGAUCCGAGUUAGUUGGCGAGGAGCGAUCUGAGAAGGAGAGGUCAGAGAAAGGGGACGGCUCCGACAAGUUAGACACAUCCGAAAUUGCUGACAAGCUGGAGGGCGGGGCGGGGGGCUCUAGCACCUCUGGAAAGAGCAAAUGAAGAGUUAUGCCUGUGUUUUAUUCACUGACAAUUGGCGGUUGUAUGAAUGGGACGCAUGCUUGCAGAGCCUCAAUCACAGAGCUGGAACACGAUGAGGUUAGCACCCAUGGACAGAACUAUUGUAACUCAUCUCUUAGCCAACCUCUACUCUACCUAAAGCAGUGCAUCAGCGCUUGCAUUAGGCCACCUUUCGGUGGGGGUUGUCAUCGUUUAAUCUCUUGGAUUCAUCUUUCUAUGUUUCAGUGACUGAUUAUACCAUGUCUGUCUCUGUCUGUCAGUCAGUCGGUCUAGACACACCUGAAAAAGAGGUGAAUGAGAUGUUCACAAUAAUUAAAAACUUUUGAAGCAAUAUACUUUUUUAAGUUAAUCCUCUCUCGUAGUGAGAGAUCAAAUCAAAUGAAAUAUGAAGUAGUUGCAAAUGUGAUUUGAUAUGAUUUCUCAUCCCCAGUCAUGCACCUUAGAUACUUAAAACAUACUAAAUCUUGAAGACAUGUAAUCCCAACACAUGGUAUUCAUGGAAUGCUGGUGUUAACCACCUGUUUUGUUUUGUUUUUGUUUUUUGGGAUGUCGUUAAAUAUACUUUAUUUUUAAAAUCCAUCUCGAAAAAGGGAGCUGUCAAAGAGAUGCUCACACUGACACUAUUUGACAUAAUGCCUUUGUACACAAAAUCUAAACACUGCAUGAAAUCUAAUAGCCUCUUAGUGCACUUGUUUGACUUUUUAUGUUCUUGAAAUCAUUUGGGGAAAUUGCAAUAACUUAGUGCGAGGAACCAUUUUACAAUCACGGUUCACUACUCACAAAGUAGGGUUGUCUUCCAUCCACAGUUACAAGUGACUCCUUCUUGAUCUGCUAUAUGAAUAAUGAGGAAGUGCCCUCUGCCUCCCCUUCAUAGACCUUUGUUCUAUAUCCUUAUAACUCAUUUUCCCUACAGAAUUUAACAUGAUGUCUGAAGAAUUGUAAAAAAAAAAAAAAAAAAAAUCAAGUGAGAGAAAAACUCUGUGUACUGUUGCAUCCUUUAUUUUGAAGUCCAGAUUGUCCGAUAGGAAGUUCAAAUGCGAAUCUGUUCGAAAUCAUGAAUUGUAUAUACCUAUCUUUGUAUGUAUAUCAAUAAACCCUGCGCUAAUAAAACAGUACAUCGAAGUGAAAAGGGUAAACGUAAAACAUUUGUAUUAAUCCACUUAAGUCAAAAGAAAACAUCACAUUUAAAGGAAAAUAUGCAAAUUAGAAGCCACUAACGAAUUACGUAGAGUAUAUAAAUACACCAAUAUCUAGUUGUAUGAGCCACUUUCACCAGGGAAGAGCAACAGGAAAUACAAAUAUGCUUGUAUUUUUAUAUUCCUAUGUUUCCUCUAUUGGCCAACAACCCAAAUAAGACCAUCUAGCAGAUUGAGUUGUCAGUGUGUUUGUGAGAGAUGUGUUAAAUGUAUGUAUUAUCAACACAUGUAAAUCAAGAAAUUAUUGGCGGUGAGCGCAGCAGACGUACUGUUUGUCGGCCAUGUUUUCAUUCUUUUACAUGUCCGACAACAUUAGAGCAUAAAUGUGAAUAUCAACGUGGCCAUUUUGACACGAUGUGCAUCAGUUCCUGAAAACAAGCGAUCCACUCUGCAGCUACAACCGGAGGCAUUAUGUAAAUGUCAAGACGAAGUGUUCCAUUUUCUCAUCAUUGCACCUUGAAUAUAUAAAUACCAUUCAAACAGUCUUCCUUUCUUUGUAAACACCAAAAGAUGCUUUCCAAUUCAGUAGUAUGGGUUACCCACAAGAGGAAUGUAGUGACAAUGUGCUGUGUUCUUUUGCAGCCUUUAAAUUAUUCAAAGGAGAAAAGAUGAGUUACAGUAUUUUAUUAUGUGAAUGUUUUUUUUUUUCCUGUCACUCGUUUAACAUAAGUGCCAUGUCAUAACGGUUCGAUGAAAGAGCGCUAAAGAAGACUGGUGAUCGGCGGAUUGAACUGAACAUAAACCUGUCAUUGCAAUACAUCGUUUAAUCAUUGACAUGGGAGUCACAAUACUUUCAUGUGGACGUAAUCAUGUUUUCUCUCCAUCACUUUUACGAAGCACGCUGGGGACUUCUCUUUUUUUUUUUUUCCCUUCCACCAUGUUUUGAGCAACACUACUAAAAGAGACAGCACAAACUGUGACUGAAGAGAAAAAAAAAUGCAAACCUUGUUUCUUUCAUUGAUGGUCUUAAAGUGUGUAUGUCUUUGUUACUUUACAAUUCAAACCUGCUGCUAAGACAUUAAUAAACCUCCGAACUUGCUGAUGCUAAUGUGACAUUGAAUUGAUGUGGGCAUAUUUUGUAUGAUUUGCUGUUCAACUGGCAUAACGCAUUCAAACAUUUAAGAAGUUGAGAUAUUGAGAGUCUUUCGUACUCAAAACUUAACUGCAGACAAGUGAGCCCCCCCCAGAGAGAUACCUUUACAUGCAGACUCCUCUCCUCCUGUAAUAAUUAAAAAAAUAGAUAAAUAACCAGAGGUGGGUAGAGUAGCAAAAAUUUUUACUCAAGUAAGAAUAGCGUUACUUUAAAAUAAUAUUAAUCAAGUAAAAGCACUCAUCCAAAAAAAUAUACUCAAGUACAAGUGAAAAAGUAUCAUAGACUCCACCAUCAGUUGACAAGACAGCUCCCACAGACAUUGUGCCACGCCUUCCCGUAGGGGGCCCACCCAGACAGAACGUUGAGUUGGCUUUCACUGUGAUAAACUCAAACACACGCUGCGUUCCAACGCUGGAUUUAGGUGGACACAGGACGUAGGGUUUACGGCAUACAAACAGGCAAGAGUGUCUCAAGAGUGAUUUGCUCGAGGAUUCAAGGUAAUUAUGAUAUUAAAUAGCAUGCAUUUUGAAACGUUGUGAAAACAAUGAAAUUAAUGGGAAAAAAAUUGAAAUUGAACGUUAACUGCCCGUUUUUUGCUUUUAACCAAGAAUCUAGACUGUUUUACAUUCAUUGCUAUAGAAAUUGAGCGAUUUAAGCAUUUAUUUACUAGAAUUUUCAACUUAAAAAGCUCUUUGUUUUGUGACGGCCACCAAGUUGGAUUUUGUUUUAUCUACACAUGACAUUUAAGUUGCUAUUUCUGGUAAAGACUUCCAUGAUAUGUUAAAUAUCGCUGUUGAUCCUUACUAUAGAGGUGAUUAUCUCUGCAUUUGGUGAUUUUUGUGCAUUU